AUGGAAAAUAAUGAGAAUCAUACACCGAAGACUUGUGGACCAAGACCUUUUCUUAAGAAGGGGGAAGGCGUUACAGGGAAGUACAAAGUUAACUAUUCGCAAAUUGGUAAAGCUGUAGCAACUUCUACACCUAAAUCAACUCUUUAUUUUGAAGAAAAUCAAGAAAAUAGAAACCAUGAUACACUUGAAUUUGAAAAAGAGGAGGAAAAAGUUAGGGAAAAAGUGGAUAAUGAAAUUGAAAGGGAUGAGGAAAAAUUAAAAGACUAUGAUGCGUUAAAUUUUGAAAUAUCUGAUUUACCAAUUAAAGAUACAUUAAAAAGUGUCGAUGAAUUUAUAUCACAAAAAAAAGAUCUUCCUAGAGUAUAUACACCUAGUAAUAUUACAAACAACAGCAGUGCUUCUACAAUGGGCUAUAUAAAAAAUAGGUAUGCGCAUUUAUUAGAUAAUGGAUCACCAACAGUAACAACAAAUAGUAGUAAUUCAUUUUCAAUGUCUGGUAACAGAAAAUACUUAGGUGUUGUCAUGGAAGAAGAAAUUACUCCAAAAAUAAAUAAAAAUAGUAUUGUUGAUAAUCUAGCUAAUCAAUUGCGUGAUCUUAUUGUUCACAUUGAUUAUGCUUCUCUUCAACUUCGUAGUAGACAAGAUUUGUAUGAAACAAUGAGACAACAAAAGUUCGAAGCUCAAGUUUUAGAAUUAGAUAAACAAAUGGACUCAUUUCAGCAUGAAAAAAUUGGUUUGCUAGAAAAACAAACAAAGUAUCAAAAAUUAGUACAAAAACAAAGAGAACAAAUUGAGACAUUGACAAAGGAUAAGGAUGGUCUUCAAAAUUUAGCUGAUAAGUAUAAGGACAUUGUGUCAACAAAAGAUACAAGGAUUGCUAAUUUAAGAAGUAAAAUUACACAACUUGAAAAUUCAUUAAAAGAAAAAGAAAAUUUAAUUAAAGAGAAUGAAAAGAAACAGGCACGAAGAUCGCUUCCAUUAUCUCUUAAAAACAACAUAAAAAGUAAUUCUCCAACAAUGGAUCUUCUUCAAAGAUCAUCAGUUGUAUCUGAUAUCAAAGACAUUGUACGUACUGAAUUACUUAAUCAACAAAAACAACAUAACAUUUCAGACACAGUUAAAAAUGUACGCUGGAAAAGUCCAAUUGUUGACUGUGGUGAAAACAUUCCAAAUAAUGGUGUGUUAAUGAAACUUGUUAAUUUUGAAGUGGAUUCAUUGGGAAAUUGCAAGUCUACAUAUAGUGACAACAAAUAUACUACAGAAUAUGUUGUAAAAAACUGUGAAUGUGAACAUUAUGAAUAUUCCAAUGGUGAUAGAAGGUGGGAACAUUCAACAGGAAAAUUUCACAUGUAUUAUUAUGGGGAUGAAGGGGUGACGUCACUUAUAUUAACGGAUGAAUGGAAAUUAUUAUAUCAUUCGAGUUCAGGACAAAUAGAUCUUUAUAAAAGUGAUGGACAGGUGAUAUUAAUACAAUCAUUUGGUGAUAGAGUUGAGUUUUCGAGAAGUGAUAACGCUGCGAUAAUUUAUAUGGGUAAGGAGAAUAAAUAUAUUGUUACGCCGACAACGAUAACACCUGUUGCUGACAGUGUUCAAGAGUCGCACUAUGCUGAUGGUAGUUACAUUGCAAGACGAAGUGAUAACUCAGUUGAAUUUGUCUCUCCUGUCUUUGCUCUGCGACGUGAUCCAACGGGAAAUGCUAAACUUUCUAUCGUUCUCCUAGAUAUUCAAAUAUCUCUAAUAAUACAUGAUGUUGUUUGUAUUAAACAUGUAAAAAAAACAUCUUACGGAACUACAAAGACAGUUUGUUGUCUAUGGGGUAAGAAUAGGCAUUUAGUUUGUUAA